AUGGCAUUCAAGGCUCGCUUUGGAAAUCUCGACAACACCGCCGCGGCACAGGUGGAGCUCACCAAGCUCUGCGCUGACAAAACCAUGCAUGAGAAGUGCACCGCCGCCAAAUUCCCUGCGCUGUUCAAGGGUCCAGCGGACCGUUCCGGAUAUGGGGACCUGGAACUAUGCGACAAGUACCUGAGUGGCAUCCCCUCCCGCGUCUACCAGAAGAUCGAGCUCGAGACCUUCACCACCCAGGCCUGUCGGCCUGAGUUGAACGGUUUCUUCUCGGCACGAGGUCGAGGACACGGCGGGGCAUGUGGUGGUGCACCCUCAUCACACAGAGCAUCGGCCAGCAUCAAUGCGGCCGUUGGAAAAGGAAACUUCCCCGGCAGUUGCUUUGGCUGCGGGAAGCAAGGGUACCGAUGCUUCGAGUGCCCCAACUGUAAGGACAAGCCUUACACAAAAUGCGCCGACGCACGGGCUACGGUUGCCUCGGGGUCCACCCAGGCAGCAACAAGUGCCCCCGUCGCUUCAUCCUUGGCGAGUACAAGCACCACUUCAGCGAAAUCGGAAAGUUCCGAGCUGGCGGACUUGAUAGCACAGAUGAAGUCGAUGCGCGAGGAGCUCGAGCACUAUCGGGCCAUGAAGGAGGAGUCUUUUUGA